GGGGGGUCAAUGGCGUAUUCGCGUAGGCGUGGCUACUGGGUAUGGCGUCGCCCUACAUCCGCUCGAGCGCAGAGAGCUGCCGCACGUCGGAUCACGUUUAUGCACAAUGAAAAGGAAAGAUCCGUCACGAGAUUGUGGUGGUUCCGCCGAUAUUUUUGGCCGCGCUGGCCAAUGGGACGCAAUGGCGGCCAACGACGUCAGAACACCAAAACGAGUUUGGCCGUCGACACCCGAUAUAUGGACCUCGCUUUCCUUCUCAACCCCGUCGACGACCGGAGGAGUCUGUCGCCUACGUCGCGCCUCUCACAUGCGACGCCAGGCUGGCCACCCAAGCGCCGCAUCGACACAGCCUGGAACGACCUCCUCUCCAAGCGCUACAAGCCCUACGGCAACCUAGCACGCCACGAGAUGCCAAGCCGAAGCAAACUGCUCGAGACCGCGUUGGCACCGGAGAGUGUCGACUGGUGCGCCACGUUCCUCGACGUUGGUUUUGACGCCAACAGCAUCUUCAACCAGAUCUGUCCGCUGCGCAAAGGCCGGUGGCGCAAAGAAGAGGAAGCCUACGCCAUCGAGCUCGUCAAGAUGGUCCACGCCAAUCGGCUCCCGCUCAAGUUUCGCCAGUCGCUCCGAACGUUCCUCGCCCAGAAGCUCCACAGCGACGAGAUGCGUGUGCUCAAGAAGGUCGGCAACUCGGACGCGUUUGCGUUUGCGCGGCAGCGCGGCCACGCGGACGAGGUCGCCGUGACAAGGCCGACGUACGAGAACGAGCGGUCGAUCGAGCCGCUCGAGACGCUGCGCCGGGCGUUCUUGAGGUCCGUGCAGCUUGACGCGAUCGUGGCCGCGCGUGAACACUUGGAUUAAGAAACUAGCCAGGGUGAUUAUUUUGCCGCAUAAAAGGGAAUGAUGUUGACUGUCGCAUA